AUGACAUUACAAAUUGAUGAACCUGAGCAGAAAAGAAGGAAAACAAAAACUUCGUCUGUUAUUAAUGUCACCUCGAUUGUGCCCGCAAUUAAUGUCCCCGGACCUAGUAAAUUCCCAGUGGUAGCUAUGACAUUAGAUAGAUACGACAUUUCAGACCGUGCUGGUGCUGCCAUCGUGUCGGCUACGUUGCAAGAUAUCGGUCUGGUUACUGAGAGUGACACGUCAAGUGUUAUCGACCAUAGCAAAAUUCGGCGCGCUCGCGCACAAACGAGAAGUUCAGGGGCUGCAGUUAACGUGCUAGAUGGCGAUGAUUUUUGGUUUGUAUAUCAUUUAAUGGCCGCAAAGAUAAAACAAUGUUAUAUGAAGAUAAUCGCAGAAAAACCGUUGUUGAAGAGCACAUAA